AUGCCAAGCAUCUUUUCCUACCAGAGUGCUGAAGUGGACUGGUGUGAAAGCAACUUUCAGCGCUCGAAAGUCAUCGCAGAGUACUACAACACCAUCAGCAAUAUAAGCUUCUUUAUCCUUUCUCCUACCGUGCUCUACCUGAACCGACAGUACUGUCAGCAGCAUGCCCUGCCCUCGUAUUUACUCUCUGGCCUGCUCUUCUGUGUAGGCAUCUCUUCCACGUACUUUCACAUGACCCUGAGCUAUGUGGGACAACUUUUGGAUGAGCUCUCCAUCCUCUGGGCACUGGCUGCAGCAUAUGCCUUUUUGUACCCAAAGAUUUACUUCCCCAGGUUCAUCAAGACCAGGAAGCAAUUCUACUGGUUGAGUGGUGUCAUCACUGUGAUCUGUACAUUGAUGUCCUUCAUCAAACCAGCCCUCAAUGCCUAUAUGCUCAACUGCAUCGCCUUCCACCUGCUGUACAUGACACGGCGUGAGCUGAAAAAAUGCAACGACAAGAAGGUUCACCGGAUGGCUGCCGUCAUGGUGAUGUGGUGGGUCCUGGCCAUCACCAGCUGGAUAAGUGACAGGUGGCUCUGUGGGUUCUGGCAAGCCAUCAACUUCCCCUACUUACACAGCUUCUGGCAUGUGCUGAUAGCCAUCUCCCUCCUGUACUGCUUCCCCUUGACCAUGUACUUCUACGUCAUCUACGAGAUGCCGUCGUUCAAGCCAAAGCUCAGCUACUGGCCCAGCGAGUCUUGGCCUGUGGUGGUGCCUUAUGUUGUCCUGGAGCAACUCCACAAGCAGUGCUAG